AGCGCCGAGGGCACCACGCGCUGGCCCGCUCUGCUGGGCUCCGGCCGCGCGCCCCGCCACCCCGGCCCGGCCGGCCCGCGCGUCGCCUCUUGGAGCUCCUAGCGCCGCUCCGCGCCUCGCCGCCCGCGCCCUCCCGAGCGCUCCGAGGCUCCGGCCGCCGCCUGGCUGAGCCCAGAAGCAGCCUGACGGUGGCAGCGGGCAGGUUGGGGUGGUGGAUGAGCGGGCCCGCGGCUAUGAAGUGGCCCCCGAGGGCACGGAGCCGGAGAACGCCCCGAGAGAGAAGCGCGCGCAUCGCACAGCACCAACCUUGGGGCGCUGGGGCCAGAGCAUAGGACUGCCACCCGCGAUGGACCGCGCGGGGGACGAUAUGGACUCGCCGCCGCAGGUAUCCACCUCGGAAGGUUCCUGAACCUGCCCUGGACUACUGCCCCUUCGCAGAUUCCCAUCAGGCUGGACUCUGCAAACUUGCUUCCGCAAUGGGUAAUGAGGAGCUGUGGGUGCAGCCAGCCUUGGAGAUGCCGAAGAGACGGGACAUCCUUGCGAUUGUCCUCAUCGUGCUUCCCUGGACACUGCUCAUCACCGUCUGGCACCAGAGCAGCCUCGCACCUCUGCUUGCUGUGCACAAGGAUGAGGGCAGUGACCCCCGGCGUGAGGCACCACCCGGUGCGGACCCUAGGGAGUAUUGCAUGUCCGACCGAGACAUCGUGGAGGUGGUGCGUACAGAGUAUGUGUACACAAGGCCGCCACCGUGGUCCGACACGCUGCCCACCAUCCACGUGGUGACGCCCACCUACAGUAGACCAGUGCAAAAGGCAGAGCUGACACGAAUGGCCAAUACACUACUGCAUGUGCCCAACUUGCACUGGCUGGUGGUGGAGGACGCUCCACGCAGGACACCCCUGACAGCGCGCCUGCUGCGUGACACUGGCCUCAACUACACACACCUGCACGUGGAGACACCCCGCAACUACAAGCUGCGAGGUGAUGCCCGAGACCCUCGCAUCCCACGUGGCACCAUGCAGCGCAACCUGGCCCUGCGCUGGCUGCGGGAAACCUUCCCACGGAACUCCACUCAGCCAGGCGUAGUGUACUUCGCAGAUGAUGACAACACCUACAGUCUGGAGCUCUUUGAAGAGAUGCGCAGCACAAGGAGGGUGUCCGUGUGGCCUGUGGCCUUCGUUGGUGGCCUUCGGUAUGAGGCUCCAAGGGUGAAUGGGGCAGGGAAGGUAGUUGGCUGGAAGACAGUGUUUGAUCCCCACCGGCCAUUUGCAAUAGACAUGGCUGGAUUUGCCGUCAACCUGAGGCUCAUCUUGCAGCGAAGCCAGGCCUAUUUCAAGCUCCGUGGUGUGAAGGGAGGCUACCAGGAAAGCAGCCUCCUUCGAGAACUUGUCACCCUCAAUGACCUGGAGCCCAAGGCAGCAAACUGUACCAAGAUCCUGGUCUGGCAUACGCGGACAGAAAAGCCAGUACUGGUCAAUGAGGGGAAGAAGGGCUUCACUGACCCCUCGGUGGAGAUCUGAGGCUGGGGAUGCAGGAAUCUCCUUCUCAGACCCUGAUCUUGGCCUUCCAUCCUCUCCCAUGGCUGAUAGUCACUCUGAGGCAGACUCCUGAGGAACAGCAUCAUCUCUUGUCUAUUCUGAGAGCUUCCAAGAAAGCCCAGCUUGAUGCCAGGAUAAAAGACAGAGAAUUUAAGCACAGAAUCCCAGACCCGUUAUUCUCUCCAUCAACAUGGCCAGGGGCUUGAAAGACCGGAGGGCUGGGGAUUCCAGCUGCCAGCCAAGCCCGGGCUCAGCACACCUCCUUAGAAGCUUCC